AUGACGAAUGGACAACACAAAUCGCAGCCCUUGACAUCAAUACUAGCCUUCUUGUGUCUUUUUAUCGCGGUCCACUGCUCAAAGGAGAACCUCCCAUUACACAACACUAAAGUAGGGAAUAACAUUCAGAAACGAGAGGCGGAUACAAGUUCAGAUGAAGCCGGUUUAGACUAUAGCACUUUUCACGAAGAACCAGUGAAACGUAGUGCAAGUGGUAUAAACAUAGACGACUUAUUGUUAACAGACUCUCCUGACAAAAGAGGACGAGGGGGCAACAGAUAUGGUUUCUAUGGUGCUCUUGGAAAGCGGAAUGAUCCUGAGGACAUGGAAAAACGACGCAUGCGCAAAAUGUUCUAUGGAUCGUUAGGAAAACGCAUGCCAUCAUUUUUCGCUGGGUUAGGGAAACGGGAUGGAGGUUCUUAUGAAGAAGAUGCCCUGGAGGAUGAACUUGAUAAACGAGGAAGGGCCAACAAGUACUUCUUUGGAAGUUUGGGCAAGAGAGAUCUCGAAGAAGAGGACGAAGACGAAGAUGAUGUAGAGAAGCGACGGAUGCAUUUUUUCGGGUCAUUAGGCAAGCGGGGACGCAACAAGGGUUUUCGAUUUUAUGGCAAUCUAGGAAAACGAGAUGGAACGUCCAUAGAGGACAUGACGGACUUUGACGGAAGUGACGACAUGGAAAAACGAAGAUUUAAACAAUUCUUUGGAACAUUAGGAAAACGCGAGGACGAUUUGGACCUAGAAAAAAGACGAAGAUUUGCUUUUGCUUCAUUGGGGAAGAGGCUCAACGACGAUAAUGAAGAAAAUGACGACAUGGAAAAACGCCGAAUGAAAAUGCGUCCAGCAUUUUAUGGAUCUCUUGGAAAACGCCGUCAAAUGUUCUUUGGAACACUUGGAAAACGAUCGGUAUCCUCCCCAGAUGAUGAACUGUUCGACGACCAGACUGAAGAUGUUCAUUCUCGCAGGAAAAGAUCUCUUUCAUCACUGAAUCUGUCCAGAUCUCUGAGGAACAGAUCAUCCUAUGGCCGCGCCAGACGGUACAAUAGGAUAGCUCUAGGACGACGUCUCAUCCGGAGGACACAAAACUUUCGGUUCUUUCCCCAACUUGGCAAGCGGUCGUUCGAAACAUACCAAGGGGUAAGGAAAGCAGGGACUGCUAUUCGUCGGACACAAAACCAGGGGGAAGGUGAUGCAGGGAAUGUUCCUAGUCGGACAAAAAACCAGAGAGAUGGUGAAGCAGGGAAUGUUCCUAGUCGGACAAAAAACCAGAGAGAUGGUGAAGCAGGGAAUGUUCCUAGUCGGACAAAAAACCAGAGAUAUGGUGAAGCAGGGAAUGCUAUUCGUCGGACACAAAACCAGGGGGAAGGUGAAGCAGGGAAUGUCCUUAAUCAGACGCAAAACCUUUAUUUGGAACUUCGAAUCAUGCAAGUGUGA